AUGGAACCCAAUCCCGUCCUGGUGCCUGCAUGGCCUCUUACGCCUCCCGAUCCCUCGAUCCCCCCACCUUCCGCGACGAAAGAUGUGUCCUCAGUCGUCACUGCCAUUCAUGUCAUGUCCACUGAGCGCGCUGCCCUCGCGCAUCUUGAACAUCUCUACCAGACGGAUGCGCGGGCGCAGCAGGAUCUUGCUAGGGCGGUGGACUUGAUUGCGCGCAGUGUGCGCGAGGCGGGCAAGCUGGUGGUCUGCGGCGUUGGAAAGAGUGGGAAGAUCGGACGCAAGAUUGAGGCGACUAUGAAUAGUUUGGGUAUCUACAGUGCUUUCUUGCAUCCGACAGAAGCAUUGCAUGGGGAUUUGGGAUUGGUGAGACCGAAUGAUACGAUGCUCCUCAUCUCUUUCUCUGGUCGCUCUCCUGAGCUUCUUGCGCUGCUUCCGCAUAUCCCUGCUUCCGUCCCAAUUAUCGCUCUGACAUCGCACAUGCAACCUGAGACGUGCCCAUUACUGUCCUUUCAUGCUCCUUCUGGGAUGGGGAUACUACUUCCAGCUCCUAUUCACGAAGAAGAAGAAGCCUCACUAGGCGUUAGUGCCCCGACCUCAUCUACAACUGUUGCGCUAUGCCUAGGCGAUGCUCUAGCUAUCGCUACAGCGCGGAAGCUACACACUGCUCCAGGACAAGGCCCAGCCGAGGUAUUUAAAAGCUACCAUCCCGGUGGUGCCAUCGGUGCCGCAACGGCAGGCACGCCGUUGACUACACCGUCAAGCGGUGUUUCCACAACCUUUGACUCUCCCUCUUCGUCCAUUUCUCUUCCAUGGGAAGACCUCAAUUGCAGCUCAUCGAUUCCUCCCUUCACGUUGCAACCACCUCCAGAGCAACGGCGGAUUCCAAUGGACAUGCUUGUUCCUCUUGAUCAAAUCCCUACCGCCUCGGUAUCUCCAUCACAACCCUCUAGCGACCUGCGAUUACUCGACAUCCUUCUCACGGCGAUUCAGCACCCCAAUGCUAAGUCAUGGGUAUUCUCAUCCCCAUCUGAGAUAUUCCCUCCACGCCGGAUUCGAUCUCUUCUCUCGCGACACACUGAUGUCGACAUGCGAGUUUCUGAUGCAAUAGCAAAAGACUCCGGCUGCCUGCCUGUAAAUAAAGCUGACUGGCUACUGGUCCCUGACUCAAUCCCGCUUGCUGAACUGCGGCGUCUUGUGUCCACAUCCCGAACCGGAGCCGCUUCGGUAUCGGUUAUUGCCGUCAUGAAGGACUCUGCAUCCCCCGCCAGUUGCAUUGGGGUAAUGGAGGUGGAAGAUCUACUGGGAGAAUAUUUAUAA